CGGCCGAGAACGGUUUGAAGUGAUCUAGUUCGUCAGAAAAACACAGACCACGUUUAUAAUGCAUUCGCUGGUGGUGUUCUUUGCUCUCGCCGCUGUGGCUUACGGCUCAAUCAUCCCGUUGGCGCAGCCCGCGCAUCACCCUGCACUGGUACUGGACCCCCACGGUCGUCCCCUCGACACCGCUGAAGUCAUCAACGCUCGCGCCAUCCACCUGCAGGCUAAGGCCCUGGAGCCCGUUGGACAUGCUGCUUACGCUCCUUUGGCCCAUGCUGCCGUCGUAGCCGCCCCCAUCGCUCACUCGGCAAUCGUCGCCCCUGCAGUGGUCGCCGCUCCUGCUGCUGCUGUGUCCCACCAGUCUCGUGUGGAUGUGCGCACCAGCCCUGCCAUCGUAGCUCACGCCGCUCCCGUCGUAGCUGCUGCUCCCGUUCUCGGUGCUCACUCCCUCGCCGCUCCUUGGUUGGGUCACUCUGCUCACGGACUCGUUGCUCACGGACUUGCUGGACACGGUCACUACCUUAAGAAACGUUCCCUGGGACACAUUGCCUACAGUGCACCCAUCCUCGCUCCCUCUGCCGUGUCUCACCAGUCCCGUGUUGAUGUAAUCUCCAGCCCCGCUAUCGUAUCUCACGCCGUGGCCGCCCCAGUGCUGUCUCACGCUGUCGCUGCACCCGUCGUAGCUCACGCUAUCGCCCCUGCUGCGGUAUCUCACCAAUCCCGUGUUGAUGUGCGCACCAGCCCCGCUAUCACAGUUGCUGCAGUCGCACCCGUAGCUCACAGUGUCGUUGCUGCCACUCCUCUUAUUUCUGCUCACUCUUACGCUUCUCCUUUGUUGGGCUACUCCGCUCACGGUCUUAGUCAUCUUAUUAAGAGACGCUCCCUUGGACACCUGGUUUACAGCGCUCCCGUUGUCGCCCCUGCUGCGGUCUCUCACCAAUCCCGUGUUGAUGUAAUCUCCAGCCCCGCUAUUGUUUCUCACGCUGUGGCCACCCCAGUGUUCUCUCACGCGGUAGCUGCACCCAUCGUAGCUCACGCUGUUGCACCUGCCGCAGUAUCUCACCAAUCCCGAGUUGAUGUGCGCACCAGCCCCGCUAUCACUGUCGCUGCUGUCGCCCCUGUCGCCCACAGUGUCGUCGCUGCUUCUCCACUCAUCCACUCCGCUCCUUUGGCGCAUGGUGCUGGUCACUUAGUUCACAGCUGGUAGAGAGCUAAUCUGGCGAACUAAUAUCGAUAAAAAUAAUUACAAUAAUAUAAAAAUAUUUAUAUACAAUAAAGUAUUUUACAACAAAC